UUGGAGUGAGGUUUAUUGGAUUACAUGUUAUACCUGGUGAAUUAAAAAUAAAUUGAGGAAUGUCCUGGAACACUAUCAAGUUGUUUUAGGGUAGCUAAACCAUAUCAAACUGUGCUCUUUUCUUCUAUUCUUCUAUUCUUCGACCCCAACUAUUCUUCUAUCUUUUCUUUCAUUGCUCUGCUUUUUCACACACACGCACAGAGCAAAGACACACGUGUGUACACACAAGAACCUCGGCCAAAUCGAAACACUAAACAUCGCCGGAUAUCUCUCCGGCGAUGUCGUCUCCAGAGAUUGCUCCGCCGACCGGCGCCACCUCUGAUUCUCCGCCUCCGCCACCGGAGUCUUCUCCUCCUACUCCUACUCCUCCUCCAGAGAUUGCUCCGCCGCCCGACGCCCCCCCUGUUUCAAGUUCUCCUCCUCCGUCGCUGCCAUCGGAGUCGCCUCCGCCACCGGAGUCUUUGCAGCCGCCUCCUCCUCCUCCUCCAGAGAUUGCUCCGCCGCCCGACGCCCCCCCUGUUUCAAGUUCUCCUCCUCCGUCGCUGCCAACGGAGUCGCCUCCUCCUCCGUCGCUGCCACCGGAGUCUCCUCCUCCUCCGUCGCUGCCGAAACCGAAGUCUGGGCAGUCGUCUACUGGGCUGAAAGUGGGGAUAGGGAUAGGAGGGUUAAUUGUGCUUGUGGGCGUGUGCAUUUUCGUCAUUUUUUAUAGGAGGAGGAAUCGGAGGAGCCGACAUGAUAAUGUUCACUCCGCUGGUCCUCCACAACAUCCUAAAAAUGACCGCGCACCUCAGCAUUGGCAACAAAAUGCUUCACCACCAAAAGAUGGUAAAGUAACAUCUUUUCCCAAGCCAACUUCUCCCCCUGGAGUUGCAUCAAGUCUUCCACUGUUACAAGACUCCACUCCUCCUGCACAUUCUUCGGCAAGUAGUAGUUUGGGCUAUGAGAAACCAAUCCCACCACCUUCCCCUGGCUAUGCCUUAGGUCUUUCACAAAGUACAUUUUCGGCUGAGGAAUUAGCCAUGGCAACAAAUGGUUUCUCCACUUCCAACCUUCUUGGUCAAGGUGGUUUCGGUUAUGUUCAUAAAGGAGUCCUUCCUAAUGGGAAAGUGGUUGCAAUUAAGCAGCUGAAAUCUGGCAGUGCACAGGGAGAGCGUGAAUUUAGUGCAGAGAUUGAGGUCAUUGGUCGUGUCCAUCACAAGCACCUUGUUUCACUGGUUGGAUACUGCAUUUCUGGGGCACAGAGAAUGCUUGUUUAUGAGUUUGUUCCAAACUCCACCUUGGAUUUUCAUCUACAUGGAAAGGAGAGACCAACUAUGAACUGGCCAACCAGAAUGAAAAUAGCUCUAGGCUCUGCAAAAGGAUUGACAUAUCUGCAUGAGGACUGUCAGCCCAAGAUUAUUCACCGUGACAUCAAGGCAGCUAAUAUUCUUCUUGAUUUUAACUUUGAUGCAAAGGUUGCAGAUUUUGGGCUUGCCAAGUUUUCAUUAGAUACUGAUACUCAUGUCUCCACCCGGGUAAUGGGAAGCUUUGGCAGAUAGUUCGAUCUUUGGAAGGCAGCCUUUCUCUAGAUGAUCAAAGUGAGGGAGUGAAACCUGGGCACAGCAGAGCAUUCGGUUCGUUUGAGAGCACGGAUUAUGAGAUUAGCCAGUAUAAGGAGAACUUGAAGAAAUUUAGAAAGAUGGCACUAGAAAGCCAAGAACAAGGCACUAGUGAGUACAGUGGACCUAGCAGCGAGUCUGCUAUGCUCCAUUCUGUCUCAAGUAGCGAAGGCCAACAAACUACCCAAGAGAUGGAAUUGGGAAACUCAAGAAUGAUGCCCAAGAUUUUGGUUAAAUCUAUUGCUUGAUGCUUCCAGUUUUCUUGUAAAUCCCCCCGCCUUUCUCCCCAUUAUUAAUGUUGCCUAUUUUGCAGAUUAUUAUGCCACCACGAGAAACAAGAGUAGAACCGUACUAUUUAACUGUAGUUUUAGUUAAUUUUUGACAAAAAAUAAAAAAAUAAAUAAAACCCUGCUUGAUUUGUUGUA